GCUUCCGGCUCGGCCAUUGUUUUCGGUUGUGCGGGCCGCUGGCGCUUCCAGGUGUCUAGGGCUUGCCGCUUCUGUGCCCCGGUGAGCGGACACGGGGCGAGGAGGGAGGUGCUCUUGGGGCCAGGGCCACUAGGUCGGAGCCUCUAGGCCGCCCACAACCCAGGUCGGUGACGCCCCCUGAUGUACCCUGGUCUCCUCGGCCGGCUGCGCGGUUCCCGUGACUCUCAGAAGCAGCCAGAUUUAGAGCCGCCUCUUUGUCCCAGUUUCCUGACCAGCCGUGCCUGGCACGGAGCCCGGCACCUGCGGGUACAGCGAUGCACAGGGCGGACGUGGCCAGGUGACGACUUUCAUCACCCCCACAUCCCCAACUUUGAAAACAACUUCUGGACCUGAAUUACAGACUGUCAUUUUAAUCAGACAAAUUGCAUCAGAAACAAGCUUCUCUCGGGUGUCACAAUGGCAGCCCAAGGCAGAGGAACUUUAGGCCUCAUCCCCAGGGGUGCUGGUCUCCAGAAGCAAGAGGGGCACCUGUUGAUGAAGCAGGAGCCAGCGAGCCAGACUUGGGGGCAGGGCUGCAGUCUCCAGAAGCAUCAUCCUCCUGUCUGUGAAAUUUUCAGGCUACACUUCAGGCAGUUAUGUUAUCAUGAAAUGUCUGGGCCGCAGGAGGCACUGAGCCGGCUCCGGGAGCUCUGCCGCUGGUGGCUGAUGCCAGAAGUACACACCAAGGAGCAGAUCCUGGAGCUGCUGGUGCUGGAGCAGUUCCUGAGCAUCCUGCCAGGGGAGCUCCGGACCUGGGUGCAGCUGCAUCACCCUGAGAGUGGUGAGGAGGCUGUGGCUGUGGUGGAGGAUUUCCAGAGACAUGUCAGUGGACCAGGACAGAUUUCAGCUCCAGCACAGGAACAGGAAAUGCAUUCGGAAGAGACGACAGCCUUGGGUGCAACAGAGGAAUCUCCUCCUACCUCACCCCUCAAUGAGGGUUCAGCCCCUGGAGCCCACCUGGAGCCUCCUUGUGACCCAGGGGCACACCACCUCCCCAUUAGGCACUCUGCUCAGCGUGCUUCCUUGGUGCCUGCCCUUCCCCUGGGGAGGAACUUUGGAGACCAAGCAGCGACAACUGUGCUUCAGAUGGUCAGGCCCCAGGAACCUGCAGAGUACGAGUUCCUGUCUGUGGACUAUACUCAGAAGAAAUGGAAAGGUCCAGCACUCAGCCAGAGAGCCCUGUACCGGAACAUUGUGCCAGAAAAUUGCCACAGUCUGGCCUCAUUGGCAGGUGAGAACGGGAUGGAGUGUUCAGACUUGCCUCCAAAGCAGGAAAGCUCUAAAGAAUCAGAGUCAUCUGAUAGGACCUCUGGAGUUCUCUGUGAAGUGAUUCCUGGAGGACCAGUCGCUGGAAACGCCUAUGAAGAGGCUUUAGGGAAGCUCGGAGCUCAGCCCUCAGAUGAAGAAGGGAGCAGACUGGAAAGUGAUCUCUUGGAACUAACACAGGAGGAUAAAAAUAAAUGCACUGAAGAUGGAUGUGCCGAAUAUAAGGAUCUUGGGGAACAUCCAGAUCUAUCCUCCAGUCCUGUAGAACAUCAGGGAGUUCUAAAGGGACAGAAAUUCUAUCAAUGUGAUGAGUGUGGCAAAGCUUUUAAUCGUAGUUCACACCUCAUUGGGCAUCAGAGAAUCCACACUGGGGAGAAACCCUAUGAAUGUACUGAGUGUGGUAAGACCUUCAGGCAGACCUCUCAGCUCAUAGUCCAUCUCAGAAUCCACACAGGGGAAAAGCCCUAUGAAUGUAGUGAUUGUGGAAAGACCUAUCGCCAUAGCUCCCAUCUCAUUCAACACCAGAGACUCCACAGUGGGGAGAAACCGUAUAAAUGUAACGAAUGUGCAAAAGCUUUCACUCAAAGUUCCCAACUUAUUGACCAUCAGAGAACCCAUACUGGGGAAAAACCAUAUGAAUGCAGUGAGUGUGGGGAGGCCUUCAUUCGGAGUAAAAGCCUUGUCCGCCAUCAGGUCCUUCACACUGGAGAGAAACCUUACAAGUGCAAUGAGUGUGGGAAAGCUUUCUGUUCCAACAGAAAUCUUAUUGACCAUCAGAGGAUCCACACUGGGGAGAAACCUUAUGAGUGUAAUGCAUGUGGCAAGGCCUUCAGUCGGAGUAAAUGUCUUAAUCGACAUCAGAGCCUCCACACUGGGGAAAAACCAUACAAAUGCAGUGAGUGUGGGAAAGCCUUCAAUCAGAACUCUCAACUUGUUGAUCAUGAGCGAAUUCAUACUGGAGAGAAACCUUUUGAAUGUAAUGAGUGUGGCAAGGCAUUCAGUCUGAGUAAAUGUCUCAUUCGACACCAGAGACUUCACACAGGUGAAAAGCCCUAUAAAUGCAAAGAGUGUGGAAAGUCCUUCAAUCAAAACUCACACCUCAUUAUUCACCAGAGAAUUCACACUGGUGAGAAACCUUAUGAAUGUAAUGAAUGUGGGAAGGUCUUCAGUUACAGCUCCAGUCUUAUGGUACAUCAGAGAACCCAUACUGGAGAGAAACCCUAUAAAUGCAAAGAUUGUGAGAAAGCUUUUAGUGACAGCUCACAACUCAUUGUGCACCAGAGAGUUCACACUGGAGAGAAACCCUAUGAAUGUAUUGAGUGUGGGAAGGCCUUCAGUCAGCGUUCCACUUUCAAUCACCACCAGCGAACUCACACUGGAGAGAAACAGUAUGUGUGUACUGAAUGUGGGAAAGCUUUUAGUCAGAGUGCAAAUCUCACAGUACAUGAACGAAUCCACACAGGAGAGAAACCUUAUAAGUGUAAAGAAUGUGGAAAGGCCUUCAGUCAUAGCUCUAACCUUGUUGUUCACCGGAGAAUCCACACCGGACUGAAGCCGUACACAUGCAGCGAAUGUGGGAAAUCUUUCAGCGGUAAGUCACACCUCAUUCGGCACCAAGGAAUCCACAGUGGGGAAAAAACUUAUGAAUGUAAGGAGUGUGGGAAAGCCUUUAGUCGAAGUUCUGGUCUUAUUUCCCAUCACAGAGUUCACACUGGCGAGAAGCCCUACACUUGUAUCGAGUGUGGGAAAGCCUUUAGCCGUAGUUCAAACCUUACUCAACAUCAGAGAAUGCACAAAGGAAAAAAAGUUUACAAGUGCAAGGAGUGUGGGAAAACAUGUAUUUCUAAUACAAAGAUUAUGGACCAUCAGAGAAUUCACACUGGGGAGAAGCCUUAUGAAUGUGAUGAGUGUGGGAAAGCUUUCAUCUUAAAGAAGACCCUUAAUGAACAUCAGCGACUUCACCGUAGAGAGAAACCUUACAAAUGUAAAGAGUGUGGGAAAGCAUUCACUUCUAAUCGUAAUCUUAUUGAUCAUCAGAGAGUUCACACUGGAGAGAAACCCUAUAAAUGUAACGAAUGUGGAAAAACCUUCAGGCAGACUUCUCAAGUUAUUCUACAUUUGAGAACCCACACGAAGGAGAAACCCUAUAAGUGUAAUGAGUGUGCAAAAGCUUAUCGUUAUAGCUCACAGCUUAUUCAACACCAGAGAAAACAUAGCGAGGAGAAAGAAACAUCAUAAAUGACAUAUAUUGUUGGAGGUAAUGCUUCAGUAUCAUCAAUGUUAAUUCUCUAGGAAUUCAUAUGGGAAAAGUAAUCAGAAGUAAACAAAGAUUAACAAGCAAUAUUUUUGACAGCAUCAACUAU